UUGUGGCCCUCUGCAUCUUUUUUUGGUGGACUGCCCCAUUGUGUUAAAGCAGCAUGCCACGACAUUCUAACAUGCCCCGUCACAUCAUUUUAUUGUGGUCCAUCCCAUAAUAUGAAUGUGCCCCGCCACAUCAUUUUAAUGUAGACUGCCACAUAAUUUUAUUGUGGUCCAUCCCAUAAUAUAAAUGUGCCCCGCCAUAUCAUUUUAUUAUAGACUGCCACAUAAUUUCAUCGUGGUCCAUCCCAUAAUAUUAAUGUGCCACAUUAUUUUAAUGUAGACUGCCACAUAAUUUAUCAUGGUCCAUCCCAUAAUAUAAAUGUGCCCCGCCACAUCAUUUUAUUAUAGACUGCCACUUAAUUUUAUCGUGGUCCAUCCCAUAAUAUUAAUGUGCGCCUCAUAAUUUUAUUGUGCCCCGCCACGUCAUUUUAUUACAGACUGCCACAUAAUUUUAUUGUGGUCCAUCCCAUAAUAUAAAUGUGCCCCGCCACAUCAUUUUAUUAUAGACUGCCACAUAAUUUGAUUGUGGUCCACCCAAUAAUAUGAAUGUGCCCCGCCACAUCAUUUUAAUGUAGACUGACACAUAAUUUUAUCGUGGUCCAUCCCAUAAUAUUAAUGUGCGCCUCAUAAUUUUAUUGUGGCCCGACAAAUAAUUUUAUUGUAGACUGCCACAUAAUUUGAUUGUGGUCCACCCCAUAAUAUUAAUGUGCCCCACCACAUCAUUUUAUUAUAGACUGCCACAUAAUUUUAUCAUGGUCCAUUCCAUAAUAUUAAUGUGCGGGCCUCAUAAUUUAAUCGUGGCCCGACACAUAAUUUUAUUGGAGACUGCCACAUAAUUUGAUUGUGGUCCACCCUAUAAUUUUAAUGUGCCCCACCACAUAAUUUUAUUAUAGACUGCCACAUAAUUUUAUCGUGGUCCAUCCCGUAAUAUUAAUGUGCCGCACCUCAUAAUUUUAUUGUGGCCCAACACAUAAUUUUACUGUAGACUGCCACAUAAUUUGAUUGUGGUCCACCCCAUAAUAUUAACGUGCCCCACCACAUCAUAUUAUUAUAGACUGCCACAUAAUUUUAUCGUGGUCCAUUCCAUAAUAUUAAUGUGCCGCACCUCAUAAUUUAAUCGUGGCCCGACACAUAAUUUUACUGUAGACUGCCACAUAAUUUGAUUGUGGUCCACCCCAUAAUAUUAAUGUGCCCCACCACAUCAUUUUAUUAUAGACUGCCACAUAAUUUUAUCGUUGUCCAUCCCAUAAUAUUAAUGUGCCGCACCUCAUAAUUUAAUCAUGGCCCGACACACAAUUUUACUGUAGACUGCCACAUAAUUUGAUUGUGGUCCACCCCAUAAUAUUAAUGUGCCCCGCCACGUCAUUUUAUUAUAGACUGCCACAUAAUUUUAUUGUGGUCCAUUCCAUUAUAUUGAUGUCCACCGCGACGUCAUUUUAUUAUAGACUGCCACAUAAUUUUCUCGUGGUCCAUCCCAAAAUAUUAAUGUACAGGCCUCAUAAUUUUAUCGUGGCCCGACACAUAAUUUUAUUGUAGACUGCCACAUAAUUUGAUUGUGGUCCACCCCAUAAUAUUAAUGUGCCCCGCCACAUCAUUUUAUCGUAGACUGUCAAUUCAAUUUUAUUAUAUACUGCCACAUAAUUUUAUUGUAGACUGCCUCGAAAUUGUAUUAUAUACUGCCAUAUAAUUUUAUUGUGGUCCAUCCCAUAAUAUUAAUGUGCCCUGCCACGUAAUUUAUUGUGGCCCGACACAUAAUUUUAUUGUAGACUGCCACAUAAUUUUAUUGUGGUUAAUCCCAUAAUAAUAAUGUGCCCCGCCACAUAAUUUUAUUGUAGACUGCCACAUCAUUUUCCCAUGAUAUUAAUCAUUAAUCAUCAUCCCAUAAUAUUGAUGUGUUCCGCCACAUCAUUUUAUUGUACCCCGCCACAUCAUUUUAUUGAGGCCCUCCACAUGAUUUUAUUGUAGAAUGCCACAUAAUUUUAUUGUGGUCUACCCCCUAAUAUUAACGUGUUCCGCCACAUCAUCUUAUUGUGGCCUGCCACAUAAUUUAAUCGUGGCCCGCCAAAUAAUUUUAUUGUAGACUGCCACAUAAUUUUAUUGUGGUCCAUCCCAUAAUAUUUGCAGCCCUUUGAGACACUAGUGAUUUAGGGCUAUAUAAGUAAACAUUGAUUGCUUGAUUGAUUGAUUAAUGUGCCCCGCCACAUCAUUUUAUCGUAGACUGCCAAAUCAUUUUAUUAUACACUGCCACAUAAUUUUAUUGUAGACUGCCUCGUAAUUUUAUCAUAUACUGCCACAUAAUUUUAUUGUGGUCCAUCCCAUAAUAUUAAUGUGCUCUGCCACGUAAUUUAUUGUAGCCCGACACAUAAUUUUAUUGUAGACUGCCACAUAAUUUUUCCAUGAUAUUGAUCAUUAUUCACCAUCCCAUAAUAUUGAUGUGUUUCGCCACAUCAUUUUAUUUAGGCCCGCCACAUAAUUUUAUUGUAGAAUGCCACAUAAUUUUAUUGUGGUCCACCCCCUAAUAUUAUCAAUCAAUCAAUCAAUCAAUGUUUACUUAUAUAGCCCUAAAUCACUAGUGUCUCAAAGGGCUGCACAAACCACUACGACAUCCUCGGUAGGCCCACAUAAGGGCAAGGAAAACUCACACCCAGUGGGACGUCGGUGACAAUAAUGACCCAGUGGGACGUCGGUGACAAUGAUGACUAUGAGAACCUUGGAGAGGAGGAAAGCAAUGGAUGUCGAGCGGGUCUACCAUGAUACUGUGAAAGUUCAAUCCAUAAUGGAUCCAACACAGUCGCGAGAGUCCAGUCCAAAGCGGAUCCAACACAGCAGCGAGAGUCCCGUUCACAGCGGAGCCAGCAGGAAAACGUGUUCCGCCACGUCAUCUUAUUGUGGCCUGCCACAUAAUUUUUUCGUGGCCCGCCAAAUAAUUGUAUUGUAGAGUGCCACAUAUUUUUAUUAUAGACUGCCACAUAAUUUUAUUGUGGUCCAUCCCAUAAUAUUAACGUGUUCCGCCACAUCAUCUUAUUGUGGCCUGCCACAUAAUUUUUUCGUGGCCCGCCAAAUAAUUUUAUUGUAGACUGCCACAUAAUUUUAUUGUGGUCCAUCCCAUAAUAUUUGCAGCCCUUUGAGACACUAGUGAUUUAGGGCUAUAUAAGUAAACAUUGAUUGCUUGAUUGAUUGAUUAAUGUGCCCCGCCACAUCAUUUUAUCGUAGACUGCCAAAUCAUUUUAUUAUACACUGCCACAUAAUUUUAUUGUAGACUGCCUCGUAAUUUUAUCAUAUACUGCCACAUAAUUUUAUUGUGGUCCAUCCCAUAAUAUUAAUGUGCUCUGCCACGUAAUUUAUUGUGGCCCGACACAUAAUUUUAUUGUAGACUGCCACAUAAUUUUUCCAUGAUAUUGAUCAUUAUUCACCAUCCCAUAAUAUUGAUGUGUUUCGCCACAUCAUUUUAUUUAGGCCCGCCACAUAAUUUUAUUGUAGAAUGCCACAUAAUUUUAUUGUGGUCCACCCCCUAAUAUUAUCAAUCAAUCAAUCAAUCAAUGUUUACUUAUAUAGCCCUAAAUCACUAGUGUCUCAAAGGGCUGCACAAACCACUACGACAUCCUCGGUAGGCCCACAUAAGGGCAAGGAAAACUCACACCCAGUGGGACGUCGGUGACAAUAAUGACCCAGUGGGACGUCGGUGACAAUGAUGACUAUGAGAACCUUGGAGAGGAGGAAAGCAAUGGAUGUCGAGCGGGUCUAACAUGAUACUGUGAAAGUUCAAUCCAUAAUGGAUCCAACACAGUCGCGAGAGUCCAGUCCAAAGCGGAUCCAACACAGCAGCGAGAGUCCCGUUCACAGCGGAGCCAGCAGGAAAACGUGUUCCGCCACAUCAUCUUAUUGUGGCCUGCCACAUAAUUUUUUCGUGGCCCGCCAAAUAAUUGUAUUGUAGAGUGCCACAUAUUUUUAUUAUAGACUGCCACAUAAUUUUAUUGUGGUCCAUCCCAUAAUAUUAACGUGUUCCGCCACAUCAUCUUAUUGUGGCCUGCCACAUAAUUUUUUCGUGGCCCGCCAAAUAAUUGUAUUGUAGACUGCCACAUAUUUUUAUUAUAGACUGCCACAUAAUUUUAUUGUGGUCCAUCCCAUAAUAUUAAUGUGCCCUGCCGCAUAAUUUUAUUUCAGCCUGCCACAUCAUUUUAUUGUAAAAUUCCACAUAAUUUUAUUGUGGUCUACCCCAUAAUAUUAAUGUGCCCCGCCACGUCAUUCUAUAGUGGCCCGCCACAUAAUUUUAUUGUAGACUGCCACGUAAUUUUAUUGUGGUCCACCCCAUAACAUUAACGUGUUCCGCCACAUUACCUUAUUGUGGCCCGCCCCAUCAUUUUAUUGUAGACUGCCACAUAAUAUUAUUGUGGUCCACCCCAUAUUCUUGCCCUUAUGUGGGCCUACCGAGGAUCUUGUAGUGGUUUGUGUUGUGGUUUGUGCAGCCCUUUGAGACACUAGUGAUUUAGGGCCAUAUAUAAGUAAACAUUGAUUUAUUGAUUGAUUGAUAUUAUUAAUGUGUUCCGCCACAUCAUUUUAUUGUGGUCCAUCCCAUAAUAUUAAUGUGUUCCGCCACAUCAUUUUAUUGUAGACUGCCACAUAAUUUCAUUGUGGUCCACCCCAUAUUACUCAUUAUUCGGGCCACUUAAUGAGGAGGUAGGCCUUAUGAAAUGACGCAGUGGGCCACAUAAAUGUUGCUGCGCGCAACAUAUAAAGAUGCGACUAGGGCACAUAAAUUAUGCAGUGUGCCAUUUAAAAUGAUGUGGCCACAUAUAAUGUUGCUGUGGGCGUGUAAAAUUACGCAGCGGGCUACGUAAAAUUAUUCGGGGGGCCAUGAUAAAAUGAGGCAGCAGGCCACAUAAAAUGAUUCUGCAGGCCAUGUAAAAUGACACUUUGGGCCACAUAAUGUUGCGGCGGGCAACAUAAGAUGUUGCGGGCCACUCAAAAUGCUUCACAGGCAACAUAAGAUGAUGCAGCGGUCUACAUAAAUGAGGAGGCCGAACAAAUGAAAUGAUGUGGCGGUAACACAAAAAGAUGCGGUGGCCACAUAAAAUCAUGUGGCGGUCACACAAAAAAAUGUGGAGGCUACAUAAAUGUUGCAUUGGCCACGUAAAAUGACGUGACAAGCCACAAUAAAAUGGGGGAGGAGGCCUCAUAAAUGAUUCUGCUAGCCACGUAAAAAAGAUGCCACCAGCGCACAUAAAAUGAUGCGGUGGGUCACGUAAAAUGAUGUGGUGGUUCAAAUACAAUGUUGUGGCAGUCACACAAAAAAGAAGCGGCGGCCAAAUAAAAUGUUGCAGUGGCCACAAAAUGAUUCCACGGGCCCUGGUAAAAUGAGGUAGGAGGCCACAUAAAAGGACGUGGCGUGCAAGUUAAUGAGGAGGCGGGCCAAAUAAAAUGAAGUGGCGGUCAAACAAAAAGAUGUGAAGGCCAUGUAAAAUGUUGCAGUGGCCGCGGAAAAUGACACGACGUGCCACGAUAAAAUGGGGGAGGAAGCCACAUAAAAUGAUUCUGUGAGCCAUCUAAAAUGACACGUUGGGCCACGUAAAAUGUUGCUGCGGGCAACAUAAGAUGAUUUGGUGGGCCACAUAUAAGAUGCGAGUAGCGCACAUAAAAUGAGGUGGCGGGCCUAAUAAAAUGAUAUGGCGGUCACACAAAAAGAUGCUGCGGCCACAUAAAAUGUUGCAGUGACAACUUAAAUUUAGGCGACAGGCCAUAUAAAAAGAUUCUGCGGGCCACAAUAAAACGAGGCAGGAGGCCACAUUAAAAGGAUGUGGCGUGCCACUUGAUGAGGAGGCAGGCCACAUAAAUAUAAAAUGACACGUCGGGCCGAUUAAAAUGUUGCGGUGGGCAACAUAAGAUGUAGCGACCCACACAAAAUGCUUCACGGGCCACAUAAAAUUAUGCUGGGGGCCAAAUAAAAUAACGCAACGGGCAACAUAAGAUGAGGCUGCGGGUCACAUAAAAUGAAGUAGUGGGCCAAAUAAAAUGAGGUGGCGGUUAAAGAAGAAGAUGCGGUGGGCCAUUUAAAAUGUGGCAGGUGGCAACAUUAGAUGUUGCGGGCCACACAAAAUGCUUCAUGGGCCACAUAAAAUUAUGCUGUGGGCCACAUAAAAUGACACAAUGGGCAACAUAAGAUGAUGAGGUGGGCCACAUAAAAUGAGGUGGCGGGCCAAAUAAAAUGAGAUGGCGGUCAAACAAAAAGAUGCGAUGGGCCACGUAAAAUGUUGCAGGGGGCAACAUUAUAUGUUGCAGGUCACACAUAAUGCUUCAAAGGCCACGUGUAAUGAUGCUGGGGGCCACAUAAAAUGACGCAACGGGCAACAUAACAUGAUGUGGCGGGCCAAAUAAAAUGAUCUGGCGGUCAAACAAAACCACGCGGUGGGCCACGUAAAAUGUUGCGGCGCGCAACACAAAAUGUCGUGUCGUGGCCCACACAAAAUGCUUCACGGGCAAAAUAAGAUUAUGCGGCGUGCCACAUAAAAUGAGGUGGCGGGACAAAUAAAAUGAAGUUGCAGUCAAACAAGAAGCUGCGGUGGGCCACAUAAAAUGUCGCAGGGGGUAACAUAAGAUGUUUCGGACCACACAAAAUGCUUCACGGGCCACGUAAAGUUAUGCUGUGGGCCACUUAAAAUGACGCAGUGGGCAACAUAAAAUGAUGUGGCGGGCCACUUGAAAUGAGGUAGCAGGCCACUAAAAUGAGGUAUCUGGCCAAAUAAAAUGAACUGGCAGUCAAACGAGGAUGUGGUGGGCCAUUAAAAAUGUUGCAGGGGUCAACAUAAGAUAUUGCGGACUACACAAAAUGCUUAACGGGCCACAUAAAAUGACGCAAUGGGCAACAUAUGAUGAUGAGGCGGGCCAAAUAAAAUACGGUGGUGGUCAAACAAAGACAUGCGGUGGGCCACAUAAAAUGUUGCACGGGGCAACAUUAGAUGCUGCGGGUCACACAAAAUGUUUCAAGGACCACAUAUAACGAUGCCGGGGGCCACGUAAAAUGAUGCAAUGGGCAACAUAACAUGAUGCGGCAGGCCAAUUAAAAUGAGGUGGGGUAAAGCAAAAACAUGCGGCGGGCCAAAUAAAAUGAAGUGGCGGCCAAACAAAAACAUGCGGUGGGCCACAUAAAAUGUUGCAGAGGGCAACAUAAAAUGUAGCGGCCCACACAAAAUGCUUCAUGGGCAAUCUAAGAUGAUGCGGCGAGCCACCUAAAAUGUUGCGGCGGGCAAUAUAAAAUGUAGCGGCCCACACAAAAUUCUUCACGGGCAACAAAAGAUGAAGCGGCGGGCCACAUAAAAUAUGUGACUGGCUACAUAAAAUUAAGCGGCGGGGCCACAUAAAAUGAGGGGGUGGGCCAUAUAAAAUAAGGUGGCGGUCAAACAAAAAGAUGCGGUGGGCCACAUAAUGACAUGAAAAUAAGUUAAAGGCCUACUGAAAUGAGAUUUUCUUAUUUAAACGGGGAUAGCAGGUCCAUUCUAUGUGUCAUACUUGAUCAUUUCGCGAUAUUGCCAUAUUUUUGCUGAAAGGAUUUAGUAGAGAACAUCCACGAUAAAGUUCGCAACUUUUGGUGCUGAUAAAAAAGCCUUGCCUGUACCGGAAGUCGCAGACGAUGACGUCACACGUGUGAGGGCUCCUCACAUAUUCACAUUGUUUUUAAUGGGAGCCUCCAACAGCAAGAGCUAUUUGGACCGAGAAAACGAUGAAAGAUUCAUGGAUGAUGAUAUUGAUAGCAAAGGACUAGAAAAAAAAUAAAUAAAAUAAAGUUAUAAAAAUUGGGACGGAUUCAGAUGUUUUUAGACACAUUUACUAGGAUAAUUCUGGGAAAUCCCUUUCUAUUGUGUUGCUAGCGUUUUACUGUGAUUAAAUAGUACCCGAUAGUCGGAGGGGUGUGUCCACGGGUGUCUUGAGGCCAGUCUCUGAGGGAAGUCGACGGCAGCUGCAUGGACGGCACAAGCUCAGCUGAUCUCCGGUAAGAGGCGACUUUUUACCACAAUUUUCUCACCGAAAACUGCCGGUUGACAAGUGGUCGGGAUCCAUGUUCGCUUGACCGCUCAGAUCCAUAGAAAAGUUUCACCUCUGGGAAUUUUAAACAAGGAAUCACCGUGUGUUUGUGUGGCUAAAGGCUAAAGCUUCCCACCUCCAUCUUUCUACUUUGACUUCUCCAUUAUAAAUUGAACACAUUUCAAAAGAUUCAGCAACACAGAUGUCCAAAAAACUGUAUAAUUAUGCCGUUAAAGCAGACGACAUUUAGCUGUGUGUGUGCGCAGCGCUCAUACUUCCUAAAAACCUUUGACGUCUUGCAUACACGUCAUCAUUACACGACGUUUCGAAGAGGAAACUCCCGGGAAAUUUAAAAUUGUAAUUUAGUAAACUAAAAAGGCCGUUUGGCAUGUGUUGCAAUGUUAAUAUUUCAUCAUUGAUAUAUAAACUAUCAGACUGCGUGGUGGGUAGUAGUGGGUUUCAGUAGGCCUUUAACGCUUGAAAUGACCAAAUGGUAUUCCUGCAAAAUGUGCGAUAUAUAAAGUUGUAUGUUGGUGUAGUAACAGUACAGUCCGGCAGGUGGUGGAGUUGCAUCACUUUGCUGAGCCAGGAGGUUUAUUUUUUCCUUUCAGGUGGGCGUGGUCAUAUUGUGUUGGAAGUAUGAAGAGAAAGUAGGCUUAUAAAGGAGAAAGUUGCUAAAGCUAAAAAAUAAUAAUAAAAUAAAAUAAAUUAAAAAAAACUACUUCAGCUGUCCUGACGGGCCGGGGGCGGGGGGCGUGGCUUGAGGUGAGCAAGCCGCGCUCCUAUUGGCCGGGAGGCUCCUUCCCCGGGACGAGCGCGAGGAGGGCCAGGACAAGGAUGCGAUUGUUGUCUCGCGGCACCUUCGAGUGGACGUCGACACGCCCGCGGACACCUCGCAGGAGGAGGAGGGGAAAAGGAAAGGAAAAAGACACUUCUUUUUUUUUUUUUUGUCGCUGCUUGGCGUGGCGGGAAAUGAGCGGGAAGUGAGACGACAGCACACCUGUUGGGACUAAGCAUGGCCGAACACGAGAGUCCGGACUUCGGCAAGGCAGACUUCGUGUUGCUGGACAAUGUGUCCAUGGACGAAUUCAUGGCCAACCUCAAGCUCAGGUUCGAGAAGGGGCGGAUCUACAGCUACAUUGGCGAGGUGGUGGUGUCGGUCAACCCGUACCGCGCCAUGAACAUCUACGGCCGCGACGUCAUCGAGCAGUACAAAGGCCGCGAGCUGUACGAGAGGCCGCCGCACCUCUUCGCCAUCGCCGACGCCGCCUACAAAGCCAUGAAGAGGCGGAACAAAGACACCUGUAUUGUCAUCUCAGGGGAAAGCGGAGCCGGAAAGACGGAGGCCAGCAAAUACAUCAUGCAGUACAUCGCCGCCAUCACCAACCCCAAUCAGCGGGCCGAGGUUGAGAGGGUGAAAAACACGCUGCUCAAGUCCAACUGCGUCCUGGAGGCCUUCGGGAACGCCAAGACCAAUCGCAACGACAACUCCAGCCGCUUCGGCAAGUACAUGGACAUCAACUUUGACUUCAAGGGAGACCCCAUCGGAGGACACAUCAACAACUACCUGCUGGAGAAGUCCAGAGUCAUCUUCCAGCAGGAAGGCGAGAGGAGCUUCCACUCCUUCCACCAGCUGCUGAAAGGAGCCCCGGAAUCUCUGCUGCGUUCUCUACACAUCCAAAAGGACCCAAGGAGCUACAACUACAUCAAAGUGGGAGGCCAGAAAAAGUCGGCCAUCAACGACGGCGCCGAUUUCAAAGCCGUGGCCGACGCCAUGAAGGUGAUCGGAUUCACGGGGGACGAGGUCCAGACGGCGUACAAGAUCCUGGCCACCAUCCUGCACCUGGGGAACCUGAGCUUCGACCUGGACGGCGACGUGACUUUUAUCGAGAACGCCAAGCUGACGUCUGUGAUCGGGGACCUGCUGAGCACCAAGCAGGACAACGUGGAGAAGGCCCUCCUGUUCCGCACCGUGGCCACGGGCCGCGACGUCAUCGAGAAGCAGCACACGCCGCAGGAGGCCAGCUACGGACGAGACGCGCUCGCUAAGGCCAUGUACGAGCGUCUCUUCUGCUGGAUCGUGGGACGCAUCAAUGACAUCAUCGAGGUGAAGAACUACGACGCCAGAGUCCACGGGAAGAACACGGUCAUCGGGGUGCUGGACAUCUACGGCUUCGAGAUCUUCCAAAACAACAGCUUCGAGCAGUUCUGCAUCAACUACUGCAACGAAAAGCUGCAGCAGCUCUUCAUCCAGCUGGUGCUGAAGCAGGAGCAGGAGGAGUAUCAGCGGGAAGGAAUCCCCUGGAAGCACAUCGACUACUUCAACAACCAGGUCAUCGUGGACCUGGUGGAGCAGCAGCACAAGGGCAUCUUCUCCGUGCUGGACGAGGCCUGCAUGAACGUGGGCAAGGUGACGGACGAGCUCUUCCUGCAGGGACUCAACGCCAAGCUGGCCAAGCACGCUCACUACACCAGCCGCAAGCUCUCCCCCACCGACAAGAGUUUGGAGUUUGAUCGAGACUUUCGCAUCAGACACUACGCUGGAGAUGUGGCAUACUCAGUGGUGGGUUUCAUCGACAAGAACAAAGACACCUUGUUCCAGGACUUCAAGCGGCUGCUCUACAACAGUUCCAACGCGGUGCUGAAGGGCAUGUGGCCCGAAGGCAAGCUGGGCAUCACGGAGGUCACCAAGCGGCCGCUCACCGCCGCCACGCUCUUCAAAAACUCCAUGAUCUCGCUGGUGGAGAACCUGGCCUGCAAGGAGCCCUACUACGUCCGCUGCAUCAAGCCAAACGACGUCAAGUCGCCACUCAUCUUCGAGCGCCAGCGCUGUCGCCACCAGGUGGAGUACCUGGGCCUGCUGGAGAACGUGCGAGUGCGCCGGGCGGGAUUCGCCAACAGACAGACGUACCCGCGCUUCCUGCAGAGGUACAAGAUGAUUUCCGAGUUCACCUGGCCAAACCACGACCUGCCCUCGGACAAGGACGCCGUCAAGAAGCUCCUGCAAGGUUGCGGCUUCGACCACGACGUGGCCUACGGCAAAACCAAAGUCUUUGUCCGCACGCCGCGCACACUCUUCAGCCUUGAGGAGCAGCGCACCGAAAUGUUGCAAAGGAUCGUCCUCUUCCUGCAGAAGGUGUGGAGGGGCACCAUCGCCAGGAUCCGGUACCGGCGCAUGCGGGCGGCCCUGGUCAUCCUGCGGGCCUACCGACACUACAAGGUCAAGUCGUACAUCCGCGAGGUCAACCGCCGCUUCCGGAACGUGCGCUCCAUGAAGGACCACGGCAAGCGCGUCAAGUGGCCCACGCCCCCCAAGGUCCUGCGCAGGUUCGAGGAGGCGCUCAGGAGCAUCUACAACAGGUGGUGGGCGUGGACGCUGAUCAAAGGCCUGACUGCAGAGGAGGCCCUGCAGGUGAGGGCAAAGGUGGCCUGUCUAGAGGCUCUUAAGGGCCAGAGGGUGGACCUGGGCCUGCAGCGAGCUUGGGAAGGAAACUACCUGAAGCGAGACAGUCCCGGCAGCGUCUCGUCCUUCACGCUGGUCUCCAGCGAGCUGCAGCGCAAAGACAAGUUCAUGAGGGUCCUCUUCGCGUGCCACGUGCGCAAGAUCAAUCGCUUCCACAAGGCGGAGGACAGAGCCGUGCUCAUCACAGACCGCCACCUGUACAAGAUGGACCCCCUGAAGCAGUACAAACCCAUGAAGAGCAUCCCCCUCUACAACGUGACGGGCCUGAGCGUUUCGCCGGGGAAGGACCAGCUGGUGGUGUUCCACACCAAGGACAGCAGAGACCUGGUGGUGUGCCUGCAGGGCCUAGUGCCCGCCCACGAGAGCCGCAUCGGCGAGCUGGUCGGCGCUCUGCUCAGCCACUUCAAGAGCGAGCGCAGGAAGCUGCAGGUGAACAUCGUCAGUCCCAUCCAGUGCAGCAUGAACGGCAGGAAGUGCUCGGUGGUGGUGGAGCCCAAGAUCAACCAAUCCCAGCCAGACUUCACCAAGAACCGCUCAGGCUACGUGUUAGCUGUGCCCUCCAACUGAUGCUAGCUGUACCCCCAACUGAUGCUAGCUGUGCCCUCCAACUGAUGCUAGCUGUACCCCUCAACUGAUGCUAGCUGUGCCUUCCAACUGAUGCCAGCUGUACCCCCAACUGAUGCUAGCUGUACUCCCAACUGAUGCCAGCUGUACCCCCAACUGAUGCUAGCUGUACCCUCCAUUUGAUGUUAGUUGUACACUUCAAUGAUUCUAGCUAUACCCCCAUUUGAUGCUAGCUGUACCCCCUACUGAUGGUAGCUGUAACCGCCAACUUAUGCUAGUUGUACCCCCUACUGAUGGUCGCUGUACCCCCAACUUAUGCUAGCUGUAUCCCCAACUGAUGCUAGCUGUACCCCCAACUGAUGCUAGCUGUACCCUCCAUUUGAUGCUAGUUGUACCCUUCAAUGAUUCUGGCUAUACCCCCAUUUGAUGCUAGCUGUACCCCCAACUGAUGCUAGCUGUACCCCCUACUGAUGGUAGCUGUACCCCCAACUUAUGCUAGCUGUAUCCCCAACUGAUGCUAGCUGUACCCCCAACUGAUCUUAGCUGUACCCUCCAUUUGAUGCUAGUUGUACCCUUCAAUGAUACUAGCUGUAUCCCCCAACUGAUGAUAGCUGUACCCCCCAUUUGAUGCUAGUUGUACCCUUCAAUGAUGCUAGCUAUACCCCCAACUGAUGCUAGCUAUACCCUCCAACUGAUGCUAGUUGUACCCCCAACUGAUGCUAGCUGUACCCCCAACUGAUGCUAGCUGUAUCCCCAACUGAUGCUAGCUGUACCCCCAACUGAUCUUAGCUGUACCCUCCAUUUGAUGCUAGUUGUACCCUUCAAUGAUACUAGCUGUAUCCCCCAACUGAUGAUAGCUGUACCCCCCAUUUGAUGCUAGUUGUACCCUUCAAUGAUGCUAGCUAUACCCCCAACUGAUGCUAGCUAUACCCUCCAACUGAUGCUAGUUGUACCCCCAACUGAUGCUAGCUGUACCCCCAACUGAUGCUAGCUGUAUCCCUCAACUGAUGCUAGCCGUACCCCCAACUGAUGGUAGCUAUAUUCCCAACUAAUGCUAGCUGUACCCCUAACUGAUGCUAGCUGUAACCCCCAACUGAUGGUAGCUAUAUUCCAAACUAAUGCUUACUGUAUCCCUCAACUGAUGCUAGCUGUACCCCCAACUGAUGGUAGCUGUAACCCCCAACUGUGGGUAGCUAUAUUCCCAACUAAUGCUAGCUGUACCCCCAUUUGAUGCUAGCUGUACCCCCAAUUGAUGCUAGCUGCACCCCCCAAUUGAUGCUGGCUGUACCCUCCAACUUAUGCUAGCUGUACCCCCCAUUUGAUGCUGGCUGUACCCUCCCAUUUGAUGCUAGUUGUACGCUUCAAUGAUGCUGGUUAUAUUCCCAACUGAUGCUAGCUGUACCCCAACUGAUGCUAGCUGUAACCCCCAACUGAUGCUAGCUGUAACCCCCAACUGAUGCUAGCUGUAACCCCCAACUGAUGCUAGCUGUACCCCCAACUGAUGCUAGCUGUACCCCCAAUUGAUGCUAGCUGUACCCCCCAAUUGAUGCUGGCUGUACCCUCCAACUUAUGCUAGCUGUACCCCCCAUUUGAUGCUAGCUCUUCCCCCCAUUUGUUUCUAGUUGUACCCUUCAAUGAUGCUAGCUAUAUUCCCAGGUGAUGGUAGCUGUACCCCAACUAAUGCUAGCUGUACUCUCCAACUGACGCUAGCUGUACCCCCCAUUUGAUGCUAGUUCUACCCUUCAAUAAUGCUAGCUGUACCCCAAACUGAUGCUAGCUCUACCCUCCAACACUUGUUAGUUGUACCCCUAACUAAUGCUAGAUGUACUCCCAACUGAUGCUAGUUAUAACCACCAACUAAUGCUUGCUGUACCCCCAACUGAUGCUAGCUGUACCCUCCAACUUAUGCUGGCUGUACCCUCCAACUUAUGCUAGCUGUACCCCCCAUUUGAUGCUAGCUGUACCCCCCAUUUGUUUCUAGUUGUACCCUUUAAUGAUGCUAGCUAUAUUCCCAACUGAUGGUAGCUGUACCCCAACUGAUGCUAGCUGUACUCUCCAACUGACGCUAGCUGUACCCCCCAUUUGAUGCUAGUUCUACCCUUCAAUGAUGCUAGCUGUACCCCCAACUGUUGCUAGGUGUACCCUCCAACAUUUGCUAGUUUUACCCCUAACUAAUGCUAGAUGUACCCCCAACUGAUGCUAGGAGUACCCUCCAACACUUGCUAGUUGUACCCCCAACUAAUGCUAGCUGUACCCCAACUGAUGCUAGCUGUAACCCCCAACUGAUGGUAGAUGUACCCCUAACUGAUGCUAGCUGUACCCCCCAAUUGAUGCUGGCUGUACCCUCCAACUUAUGCUAGCUGUACCCCCCAUUUGAUGCUAGCUGUACCCCCCAUUUGUUUCUAGUUGUACCCUUCAAUGAUGCUAGCUAUAUUCCCAACUGAUGGUAGCUGUACCCCAACUGAUGCUAGCUGUACCCCAACUAAUGCUAGCUGUACUCUCCAACUGACGCUAGCUGUACCCCCCAUUUGAUGCUAGUUCUACCCUUCAAUGAUGCUAGCUGUACCCCCCAACACUUGCUAGUUGUACCCCUAACUAAUGCUAGAUGUACCCCCAACUGAUGCUAGUUAUAACCACCAACUAAUGCUUGCUGUACCCCCAACUGAUGCUAGCUGUGCCCUCCAGCUAAUGCUAUAUGUUCCCCAAGCUAAUGCUAGCUGUACCCCCCAACUGAUGCUGGGAUAGACUUUACUUCCACUUUAAUUUGAGCUUUAUGGGCGGGGUUACUCCGUUGUCCACUCACAGCACACGCCAAGUUAAGCCCCGCCUCUUUACAGCACAACUGGGAAUGACUGUCUUUUAUGUUUUUCUUUCCUUCAUCCCAAAUCUGAAGGGUUCCUUUUGUUCAAAACUGACCCUUAUAUUUUUUUAUUUUCACUUUAUUUUUGACGGAGAUGGAAGAUUCCUUCUCAGUUGGAAGAUUUAUUCCAAGACGCAGAUUUAUUCUAAGGCAAAAGAUUAAUAAGUCCGGAAUGCAAGAUGAAUUAAAAAAACAGAAGAUUAUUCCUAAAAUGGAAGAUUCUUUCAAAAAGAGAUUAUUCUGAAACAUAAGAUUAAUUUUAAUAUAGAAUGAUUCUAAAAUGGUAGGAUUAAUUCAUUAAGAGGGGAAAAUAAUCAUAAAAACAAAAGAGGGAUACAAGGAAUACAAAUCCUAAAAGGGAAGAUUAUUUAUUUUCUAAAAUUAUUCUAAAAUAUUACAUUCUUCCGAAAUGAUUCUAGAUAGGAAGAUUAUUUCUGAAAGAAGAUGAUUUCUUGGAUGGAAGAUGGAUUGGGUGUUUGGUGACGAAGUGAAGAGAGGUUUAUGACGUGUUGAUCAUGUCUACAAGGGAUCUUUAAGUUCAUUUCAGUGAGGAAACGUGCUAGCAAAUAUGACGUCACGUGUAGAAGAAGCUGAGAAAAAGCCAAAAGACACACACACACACACCAAGUUGAAUUUGUGAAGUUUCCAAAGCGAGGCAAAGGUCAGACUUGUUAAAUGUUUGCGGUCCACUAAGACGAGUCCUUGGUCUCGUUAUGUCGCACUCAGGGACACGCACGCACUCAGGGGGGGGGGGGGUCAAACUUCCUUCGUCCUCCUUAUUUCCCCUCCAUGGCAUAUUUGCAAAGGAAUGUUCCAGAAGGAUUGUCCAAACUCUGUUUUUAUUGGCCCUUAGCAUACACUAAAAAUGUUAUUAAAAAAAUAUAUAUAUAUAUAUAUAUGUAUUUAUAUAUACAUAAAUUAUACAUAUCAAAUCAAAAAUAUAUAUAUUUAUUAUAUGUGUAUAUAUGAAAUAAAUAUAUAUAUACACAUUAGGUCAGGAAAUAAACACAAAAGCGAUUUCAUUCCGACAAGCCUGUUUCGCAGGUUUCCGUGCUCUCCGGGGAUUUUAUGCGAUUUUUUUUUUUUUUUUUUUUUUUUUUCCUGAAGAGCAGGGAAACCUGCGAAACAGGCUUGCCGGGAUGAAAUAGCCUCCGUGUUUUUUUUCCUGACCUAACGAAUAUUCCGCUCUACUCCGGUAUUGAGCACUUUCUAACGGAUAAACCACAAUAACCUCGGCUAUAUAUAUAUAUAUAUGUAUGUAUAUAUAUGUUUGUAUAUAUAUAUAUAUAUAUAUGUACGUAUACAUAUAUGUAUGUGUGUAUAUAUAUAUAUAUAUAAAUAUGUGUAUAGAUAUAUAGAUAUAUAUAUAUAUAUAUAUAUACACAAAUAUGUGUAUAGAUAUGUGUAUAUAUAUAUAUGUGUAUAGAUAUAUAUAUAUAUAUAUAUAUAUAUAUAUGUGUAUAGAUACAUGUAUAUAUAUAUGUGUAUAGAUAUAUGUGUAUAUAUGUAUGUAUGUAUAUAUAUAUGUGUAUAUGUAUGUAUGUAUAUAUAUGUAUGUAUAUAUAUAUGUGUGUGCAUAUAUGUAUGUAUAUACUGUAUGUAUGUAUGUAUAUAUAUGUAUGUAUAUUUGUAUGUAUAUAUAUAUAUAUAUGUAUGUAUGUAUAUAUAUGUAUGUGUAUAUAUGUAUGUAUGUAUAUAUAUGUGUAUAUGUAUGUAUGUAUAUAUACAUAUGUGUGUAUAUAUGUGUAUAUACAUAUAUAUGUAUGUACGUAUAUAUGUGUAUAUGUAUAUAUACAUAUAUGUAUAUACAUGUAUAUAUGUAUAUGUAUAUACAUAAAUGUAUAUACAUAUAUAUGGAAAUAUUAUAAUAAAGAUGUUUUUACACUCUCUGCAAACACUUAAAAAGCAGUAAAUCCAAACAUAACCCAAAUAUUAUCAUCCAUCAUCGCGUUUAUGAUCAUUUAUGAAUGAAGUCUGCCAACAAUACGCUUUUUGUUUUGUUACUUUGUGUGCCAUUUGUGUCCUCCAUAAUUUAUUACGUGCCUCUUUUUUAUAUAUCUUGGUCGUCUUUGUCACCAAUCACUCGAUCAAUAAUAAAUAUAUAUUUGCUGUA